AUGAUGACAUCAUCAACAAACUUUUCUUCGUGGCUACUGCUAGGCAAUGGCUCCUCAUCGGAAGGACAUGAAUCAGCAGCAGUCCUGGGAGCUGUCUUGAGCCUGAUGUGUGUUACCGGGGUGGCCGGCAACCUCUAUGCCCUGGCGGUCGUGCGGGCCUCUGCCUCGGCCUCCUCUCUGCAUAUCCACCUAAUUAACCUAGCUUUGGCUGACCUUUUGUAUCUCUUGACAGCCCCCUUCAUUGUUCACAAUGGGCUGGCGAAGGACUGGCCUUUUGGGGAGGCUGGCUGCCGGAUUCUGCUCAGCCUAGACCUCCUCACUAUGCAUGCCAGCAUCUUCUUGCUGACUCUGAUGAGUUGUGAGCGCUAUACUGCUGUGGUGCACCCGUUCCAGGCUGCCAGCCGUGCACGGCGAUGCAGCAGACCACUGGCCAUUGCUGUUUGGCUCCUGUCCUUUGCUCUGGCCCUCCCCAUGAUGGUCAUGAUCCACCAGGAGGAACGUACAAUGGGGAAUGGAGCUGGGGUGCGUCGCCUCUGCUCCCCCACCUGGAGUGAGGAGCAAUACAAAGUCUACCUGAGCAUCCUUUUUGGCACCAGCAUAGUGGCACCUGGGAUAGUAAUUGGGUCGCUCUACUGGCGCCUGGCAAGAAGCUACUGGCUGUCACAGACCCGUGGAGGCUUGGGACGCUCCCCUAAGAACCGCGUCUUCCUCCUCAUCCUUGUGAUUGUCUUGGCCUUUUGGGCCUGUUAUUUGCCCUUUUGGAUCUGGCAACUCCUUCCCCUUUAUUGCCCAUCGGCAGUCCACCUGCCCAUCCACACUGAGAUCUCUGUCAAUCAUCUGGUGACCUGCUUGACCUACGGCAACAGCUGCAUCAACCCUUUCCUCUACACUCUGCUCACACGCAACUACCGUGAAUACCUACGUAGACACCAACGAGGGGCUUCUUGGAGCUUUCUGCCAUGCCUCCAGAGCAGAAAUGGGUCUCAGAGGGAAGGGGCUACAGGCACCUGA